UUAUUCAAACAAGCAAUCUCAUUACUAAUUUAUAAUCAUGUACCCUACUAACUCCGAGUACUCACAACCAGCAUUCGGUGAACCAAUGCCGGCGUCAGCACCACCACCAUACGGUCAACCCGCACAGGCACCAUACAAUCAAUCAGUAGCACCACCACCACAGUCUAUGAUGUAUCCCAGCCAAUGGUCCUCUGGCCUUUGUGACUGCACCUCUGAUGUCUCAAAUUGUUGCCUUACGUGUUGGUGUCCAUGCAUUCCAUUCGGACAAAUCGCUGAAAUCUUGGAUAAGGGAACUACUUCUAGCGCCGUGCAUGGGGCUCUUUACACCAUACUUCUGCUACUCACAGGAUGUCAAUUUAUAUAUAGUUGUUCGUAUCGGUCUAAAAUGAGACAACAAUACAUGUUGCCUGAGGAACCCUGCAACGACUGCCUUCUCCAUUUUUGUUGCGAGCCAUGCGCCAUGUGCCAAGAGUAUCGCGAGCUUAAGCACCGUGGAUUUGAUAUGUCUCUUGGAUGGCAUGGAAACAUGGAGAGGCAAAACCAUCAUCAAGCCGUUGUGACGCCACCAUAUGCUCCAGCAGGAAUGAAACGCUAAUAAUGAAGUGUUGAGUGCAUAAUAAUAUAUCUUGUUACAGUUUGAUCGUGUGUUAUGAAUUUAUUGGUUGUAUAAUAAAUAAAAGUUUGUUUAUUAAAUGUUCUAUAAAUCUGGUACAAAAAAGUUCUAAUACAUGGUUUAUAUUUGGCUC